UGGAAAGUGCUCGCUUCCAGUACAGCUGGCCGGUAUCGGCUUCUUGAAAGAUCGGAGCUCAGUGCAAUCAUGUAACCAACCGCCACGCGCUAGUGUCAGAGUGCUUCUGUUUCAUUUAAGUGCAAUUGAAGAGUUACAUUUUUAAAUCUUCACGGGAAUAGUUGUACACAAUGUUGGAGCGUAUUCAUAAAAUAAUUUUUAUAUUGGUUUUGAUCAAUGUGUCACUGGCACAGGAAAAAUUUACGUUAUUGAAUACCAGCAACGACAAUGUUAACGUGAGAGAAAUCAUAGUUGGAAGGCCAACGACGGCACGAUCAAGAAAUGUAGUUAUUGUAACGCCGGCUACGACAAAGAUUCCGCCAACAACAAAAGUACCAUACAAGACAUUGCAAUGUCCACCCGAACCAAUUCGUAUACCGAUUUUUAGUCUUCCAUGCAAUCAUGAAAAAGACUGCAGAGUCUUUGGACCAAAUUUAGCAUGUUGCAAAGAACGAUGCAUUAAAGGCGUCCUGAUUCCCGCAGAGGCCAAAACGACCGCACCAGUGAAUGUCCCAAAAAGAGCAGCAAGAAUAUCAAAUGAAAUUGUUAGUCCAGUUUUAAAUCAAUUACCAGCCAUCACGACUGCUUCACCAAAGAUUGAAACAACAAGUAAAAAGCUUGAGUUGGUAUGCCCAAGUGCAAAUAUCAGGUUACCUUUCUUUAGUUUACCUUGCUCAAAGAAGACUGAUUGCAACAUUUUCGGUCGAAACCUUCUCUGCUGUCGCAAUGUAUGUCUUCAAGGUGUUGCACCGCCGAAGGAAGAAGUUAGUCAUGCGCCGGCUCUUUUCGGACUCGUGGACCGCCACUGUCCGGCACAGCCACUCGCGGAACUAUUUGAUGUAAAAGAAUGUGAAACGGAUGCAGAUUGCUUACCUAGAAUAUGCUGCCCGGAGAAGAAUAGUCUUAAUAGAAAAAGUUAUUGCAGGACUCCGAUUCAUAACAUCGAAAGACUGCCUGGAGCUCAGCGAAUCCAAGAACCUUUAAGGAAUUUCGUAAGUUACAUGCAGUGUACUCCACCACCUCCUCGAGAACUGUUCCCAAAGCCUUGUAACAACACUCUUGACUGCUUCCCAAAUUUGUGUUGUCAGGAGAGUGGGAAAAAGUUUUGCAGACCGCCGCGAAGAUCUCUUGUAGCUCUUGUAGCUGAUGUCACAACGAGGGUGGGAGCAGCUGAAGCUACCAGAAGGUUUAUAGAAAGGAUAACGACGUAAAAUUAAGCACAUUACACGGUUUAGUUUUAUAACUAAAUCAUAAUCUUUACUUGAUUUGUACAACCAGCCACAACAUCAGCACUUAACUAUGUUAGGGCUCUUGUAGAAUUCCAGGAAAGACCCAACCGCCUUAUAAAAAUCUAAUCCAGCUGUAACAAAUAAAAUAUUCUGUUGUAAAAAGAACCCUAUAAAAUUAUUUAAAUAAAUUAUUAAAUGAAAA